AGAAGAGUUAAUAUUGGUUUGAUAUAUGACAAUGAAUGUAUGCUCCUGCAGGAUGAAGCAUUGUUAAUGACGUCACAGAUUGAACGGACUCCCCUUUGGACGAGGAUGAAGACCUCCGUGAUGACCUCCUCUCAUAAAGACCUCUUGUCAUUGUCCUCCUUUAACCUGAACUCUAUUAUACCCUAGCUCCUCUCAUUAGCUGUGUCUGCUCCUCCUCAUGAUCCCCUUCAGCUGGUAGAGCCGAGCUACAGAACAUGAGGACGUGGUGCAGGCCCCGCCCCCUCAUGCCCCGCCCCCCUCAGGUGCGCCUCAUUAAAGGUGAGGAAGCGGAACGAUGGAGUUUACAGAGAAACUCGAUCCGGCAGCAUGUCAUCGAUCUGCGGAGAGACAGCCACGCAGAGCCCGCUGCAAUCCUCCAGCCUGUGUCUCGGACCCUGGUCCUGUGUAUGUGUGACGGGCUGGGGGGCCUCGGUGUGGAGCAGCCCCCCGGACCCCUUGCUUAACCCCCCCGAGCCCUGGCUGCUGCCGGGCUGCAGCUCUGUGUUCGACAGCCUGGUCAGUAAUGUGUCUCCGAUGCCGUCCCCUCCCCCCUCCAGAGGACGAGAGCGAGCCACCAACAAACCUCGCAGGCCGUCCAUCUUGGAGCGCUGCAUCCUCAAAGUGUCGAACAGCAGCAUUGCCGUGGGGACGGAUGACCUGGACCUCAAUAGACCCUCCCUGGAGCGCUGCCCCCCCCGCCUGCCGGACCCCUCCCACAGCGAGACCAACGGAGCGGUCCUGAAGCGCCGGCAGAAACAGAUCCAGUACGGCAAGAACACCACCGGGUACCAGAACUACCUGCAGCAGGUGCCCCGACCCCUGCGGGACGCUAAGCUCCAUCCCUCAACCCCCAACAAGUACAGGAAGUACAGCCGGCGCUCCUGGGACAUGCAGGUGCGUCUGUGGAGGCGGGCGCUGCACCUGUGGGACCCCCCCACCGAGAACCUGCAGGACUCUUUUGACACCCAGGACCCCGUGGAGCAGCUGCAGAACCAGCUGGCCAAGAUGACCUCUGACCUCUGUGAGGACGGAGACAGGCAGAGAGAGAGAGCGCCUCCUGCUGCCUCUAAAGCCGAGCCGCCCAGACCCUGGAACUGCCCGCUGACCCCGGAGGCGGAGCUGACCCUGCGGACGCUGCGCUGCCCCCCCGGCCUCGGAUCCUUCAGAACCCUGAACUCCAGAGACAACAUGGCCGACUGGCUGCAGCUGCUGCUGGAGGCCGACAGCCAGCAAGAUCUUCCUGUUUUUCCGUUAGACUUCGGCUCUGAUGACCAGCAGGUUCCUGAUUUCUCCGACCAGCUGUGGACUCCGUACUGAAGCCUUCUGAGUGAACACUGUUGGGUCCAGUUCUUGAUCCAGGUCUCGAUUCCGAUCAGGAGACUCAGAGUUUGUGUUAGUCGUUUUUAAGCUGGUUGAAGGUUUCCUAACGACAGCAGGGAUGUGAUUGGUCCUGAAGAGCACGUAGGCCCCGCCUCCUCUCUCAGCCUCGCCCUAUCACGCUCCUUUAGUUUGUGUCACAUUGUUUGUGUUUAUCUGGAGCACUUCUCACCUGCACACCUUCAGGACUCUCUGAAGCGGUUUGUUUUAGUCGCACCUGUCCUUCACUCGGUCUCCGGUCCACCGUCACGCUCUGCUGUCCCCCCCCCCCCCCCAACAUGUUUUUUCUAAAAAACAAAGCCCUGGUUAAUGUGUGUGUGGGGGGGGGGCUGUCACUUUGUGUUGUUGUUUUACUUUGUUUGUUGUCUUUUGCUGAAAUAUAUGUGAUUUAAUAAAGAUUGAAAUAAAGUGUUAAA